UGUGUUUAUUUAAGUGCAGCUUUUAAUCUUCUUCUUCAGUGAUCACAUAUUAACAUCUGCGUAAACUCUUAGUACAAAAAUCACACUUGAUCUACAUACAAACCUAUAGAUACAUGUGUGUAUGUAUACAUAACUUAGUUACAAAAUGAGUGGGAACGAGUUCCGAUUCUUCUUAUCGUGCGACAUCAAUCUCCCCGUUACUUUUCGAAUCGAUAAAUUAGAAGCCAAUGAGAAUGGUACGGUAGAGGAUAGGAAAGGGGAGGUCUAUGUUGAGUGUGCGUUAUACAUCGAUGGUGCUCCUUUUGGGCUUCCGAUGAGAACAAGGUUAGAGUCCCCAGGGCCAUCAUAUUGCUGGAAUGAACUCAUCACUUUGAGUACAAAAUACCGGGACUUGACGGCCAACUCACAACUUACAUUAACAGUUUGGGACGUUUCGUGUGAGAAAAAUGAGGGUUUGAUUGGUGGAGCUACGAUUCAUCUUUUUAACAUGAAAAAACAGCUCAAAACAGGGAGACACAAGCUUAGGCUUUGGCAAGGAAAAGAGGCAGAUGGAUCUAUUCAAACCACUACUCCCGGAAAGGUUCCCAAGGAGGAGCGUGGGGAGGUGGAGCGUUUGGAAAAGCUUGUGAAUAAGUAUGAAAGAGGACAGAUUCAACGAGUUGAUUGGCUGGACCGCCUCGCAUUCAAAGCUAUGGACAAAAUUAAGGAACGUGAAAACAGUAAAAAUGGGAGUUCCCAUCUUUACGUAGUUGUUGAUUUUAGCAGCUUUGAACAUCGAGUUGUUUUUCAGGAAUCAGGAGCAAAUUUCUUAAUACCCUCUCCUUUAGCGUCAACUAAUGAACUGGUUACAGUUUGGGAUCCAGAAGUGGGAAGGAUUAAUCCCUCUGAACAUAAACAACUAAAGCUUGCUAGGAGUUUGACUCGUGGCAUCAUUGAUAGGGAUCUCAAACCAAGCUCUACUGAAAGAAGGUCAAUACAGAGAAUAGUGAAAUACCCACCCACACGAACUUUGAAUGGAGAUGAAAGGCAUCUUUUGUGGAAAUUUCGCUUUUCGCUAAUGUCGGAAAAAAGAGCUCUCACAAAGUUUCUUCGAUGCGUUGAAUGGAGUGAUGUUCAGGAAGCGAAGCAGGCAAUAGAUCUGAUGGGUAGGUGGGAAAUGAUUGAUGUCUGUGAUGCAUUGGAGCUUCUAUCUCCUGUAUUUGAGAGUGAAGAGGUCCGUGCAUAUGCUGUUAGAGUUCUUGAAAGAGCUGAUGAUGAAGAGCUACAUUGUUACUUACUUCAGUUGGUACAAGCUCUUAGGUUUGAGCGCUCUGAUAAAUCUCGCCUUUCUCAUUUCCUUGUUCAACGAUCCUUGCGCAAUAUUGAAUUGGCCAGCUUUCUCCGUUGGUAUGUUGCAGUGGAACUUCAUGAUCCUACAUAUGCGAAACGUUUCUAUUGCACCUAUGAAAUAUUGGAAGAGAAUAUGAUGAAGUUGGGAGGAAAUGAAGAUGAAGAUGGAUACAAGUUGUGGCAGAGUUUGGUGCGUCAAACAGAAUUGACAGCGCAGUUGUGUUCUAUUAUGAGAGAUGUAAGAAAUGUUCGAGGUGGAACUCAGAAGAAGAUUGAAAAGCUUAGACAUCUUUUAUCUGGCCUCUUGAGUGAGCUUACGUAUUUUGAGGAGCCGAUUCGGUCACCUCUCGCUCCCAGCAUUCUAAUUGCAGGAAUCAUUCCCUCAGAAUCAUCAAUAUUUAAAAGUGCACUGCAUCCUUUGCGUCUAGCUUUUAGAACAACAGAUUGUGGAAGCUGCAAAAUCAUUUUUAAGAAAGGAGAUGACCUUCGGCAAGACCAGCUGGUGAUUCAGAUGGUGUCACUUAUGGAUAGACUCCUUAAGUUGGAGAAUCUUGAUCUACAUUUGACGCCAUACAGAGUAUUGGCUACUGGACAUGAUGAGGGCAUGCUGGAAUUCAUACCAUCCAAGUCUUUGGCACAGAUUCUCUCAGAACACCGUAGUAUUAUAAGUUACCUGCAGAAGUUCCAUCCAGAUGAGGAAGGACCAUUUGGGAUCACAGCCACAUGUUUGGAAACAUUUAUAAAAAGCUGUGCUGGCUACUCAGUUAUUACAUAUAUACUGGGCAUUGGGGAUAGGCACCUUGAUAAUCUUCUACUACGAGAUGACGGCCGCCUGUUCCAUGUUGAUUUUGGUUUUAUUUUAGGUCGAGAUCCAAAACCCUUUCCGCCACCUAUGAAGCUUUGUAAAGAAAUGGUUGAGGCUAUGGGUGGAGCAGAAAGCCAGUACUAUACCAGAUUUAAAUCUUAUUGCUGUGAGGCAUACAACAUUCUUCGGAAAUCUAGCAACUUAAUAUUGAAUUUGUUUUAUCUGAUGGCCGGAUCCAACAUCCCUGACAUAGCAUCUGAUCCUGAAAAAGGCAUCCUAAAGCUCCAAGAGAAAUUCAGAUUGGACUUGGAUGAUGAGGAAUGCAUACAUUUUUUUCAAGAUCUCAUCAAUGAAAGUGUCAGUGCAUUGUUUCCCCAAAUGGUUGAGACAAUCCAUAGAUGGGCUCAGUACUGGCGCUGAGUUAAAUCUUUGGCAGCAUUGAUCGAGUAUAUAGGAUGUUUAUUUUCUAGGUCGCGGAUGAUGGCGAAGAAAAACUGUACAUGGGUUUGUUCACUAUUAAUGUAUAGCUUGGUCACAGAAAAAUGAAUUGCAUGUGCCACUGGCCCAGAGGUAUAAAUUAUAUCGAAUUUUCUAGUUAGACAGUUGCAUUACAAGCUGCCCUGUAGCACUUUGCUGCUGAUCUAGGGGUGAUUCAUGUGUAUUACUUUCUGGUAAGUUGUAAAUAGUAUAUGUCAAUCUAGAAGAUAUAGUCAGAAAUGUUUUUUCAUCUUUAUGACUAAACCUUUUUGUUACCUAGGUUAUUCUCUGAUCUCUACUCAUUAUGAUACCCCUUGUAAGCAAGCAAGGAAUGUAAUAUUUGAAUUUAUAUUA